AUGCAUCAGGAAAAUUAUUCCAGAGUAGCUGAGUUUGUGCUGCUGGGACUCUCCAGUUCCCAGGAGCUCCAAUAUUUCUUCUUCUUCUUUUUUAACUUGUUGUACAUUGCCAUUGUACUGGGAAAUGUCCUCAUUGUCCUCACAAUAAUUUCUGAACCUACCCUGCACACACCCAUGUACAUCAUGCUCAGUAACCUUUCUGUUCUUGAUGUGUUUCUGGCCACUUAUGCAACUCCCAAAAUGAUCCAUGAUUUCCUCCAUGAACCCAAGAUGAUCUCCUUUGAGGGAUGCAUGGCCCAGAUAUUCUUGCUCCAUGUUUUUGCCGGUGGUGAAAUGAUGCUUCUUGUAGCCAUGGCAUAUGACAGGUAUGUAGCCAUAUGCAAACCUCUCCAUUAUACAACCAUAAUGAACUUGUGCAGAUGUACAGGCUUAGUUGUGGGCUCUUGGGUCAUUGGGGUCUUGCACUCCCUGAGUCAGUUGGCUUUCACUGUAAACUUACCAUUUUGUGGCCCUAAUAGAGUGGACAGCUAUUACUGUGAUCUUACUUUGGUCAUCAAACUUGCCUGCACAGAUACUUACAUCCCUGAAGUGUUGAUGCUUUUGGACAGUGGUCUCAUGGGAGUGAGUUCAUUUUUGCUCUUACUUAUCUCCUACACGGUCAUCCUGGUCACAGUGCGAAGUCAGUCCUCAGUGGGCAUGGCCAAGGCCCGAAGUACCCUCACAGCCCACAUCACUGUGGUGACCCUCUUCUUUGGGCCAUGCAUUUUCAUCUAUGCUUGGCCAUUCAGUAACUUCCCAGUGGAUAAGGUUCUUUCUGUGUUUUCCACAGUUUUUACACCUAUAUUGAAUCCCAUUAUUUACACAUUGAGAAACAAAGAGGUAAAAUCAGCAAUGCAUAAACUGAAGACCAGAUAUGUAAGUUCCAGGUUCCCUUUCUAA